AUGGACCUUUCGGCGCUGGGAUCGACAUUACCGGCCGGUCUGGCGGACGCGGAGCGGGAGAUGGGCGAUAAGUUUAGAGCCUCGGCAUUGAGCAUAACGAACUUGUACAAGUCAUCUUUGGGAUACACGAAGCAAGCAUAUCAAGUGGGCUACUCGGCAUGCAUUGCCGACGUCCUUUCUACGGUGCAGAGCUCGAUAGGGGCCGGCCAGGAUGCCACGCAGACAUUGUCGAGACUGAUGGACUGGGCGGAAGCACGAGAGACCGCUAUGGCCGCCUUUGCAGCUGAAGACGGCGACGACGCACCCCUCAAUACUCCUGGUCAGACCCCUGCCCAACCUCACCCCCACCGUCGAGCCGCUCAUACGCGCAAUCAAAUACACCUACAAGCGGCCACCCGGCCGUCCUCUGCGCCAAUACCCGACUCAUACUACCAGCACCGUACUCCUCACGUACAUCCUUCCUCCGAUAAUACGCCGGGACCAUCAAGACAGCCUAUGCGAGGUGUGCAGCAGGGCGCUAGGGAAGGAGGGGACAAUAUACGGAUGGAAACGGGCCAGAGUGGCGGAGAUCCGGAUCGGACAUUCGUGCAAGGUUCGACGCCCUCGGCUGAGGCUACACCUGCCAGUGGCUCGAGAUCUAUGCAGAGCGAGACGGGCGCCGGGCCCGGCGGGAUGCCCUCGUCCAGUCCCACGGUAUCUAUCCGGCCUGUUGGCGGGAAUGGGCGGAUCAGCCGCAGCCCACUCCGAUAUCGUCACGAUGCUUCGUCAGCUCCUACAUCCUUCACGCUACCGUCGGUUCCCUUCGCGCCUUCCCUCCCCCCAAAUCUUACCCACCCAUCCUCCGCAUCGACCCUCCUCCCCGUACCUCCCAUGACGACGACCUCGAUCCCCAUUGGCGUCGGGUCGAAACGGCCCAUUACGGCCGUCCACCUCGAUGCGGACUUGGACGUACCCAUGACGGAUGAUGGGAUGCCAAGCGGGGCCUCGAGCGGAGUAAGCAGGGGAGGGAGGUCGUCAAAGAGGCGGAACGUGGAUAGGAGGGAAGGAAGGGAUGUUGACGGAAGCGGAACGUCAGAGAAUGCAGGUCGGGAGAAGGAGAGGGAGGAGAGGAAGAGGGGACGGAAGGGGAAAGAUACAGGUGGAGGGUGA